CUAGGGUUUGCAUAGGCGCACCGCGACAAUACCAUGACGGCGACGGGUUCGCCGGCUGACUCCGCCCCGGCGGGGGAAGCAAAACCACCUGAUCUGACUGCCGGAACACGACGACCCUCCGAGGAGACCUCGUCACCGGACGGCAAGAAAGAACGGGAAGCUCAACAUCCGAAGAAAAGGCGUGCCCUAGAUCUAUCGGAUGAGGCCAUCAACAUGGAGGAGGUGAUUGUUGAGGAUUGCACUGAGGAAGAGCUGAAUGCGGUGAAAGCAUCCAGUAGCGCAGCACAAAGCACGAUACCAAUCGUGAUCGACGAGCCGAAGACGCAGGCAGAGCCUGCCAAAACCAGUGAUGAGGGUACCAAGGAAACACCUAUUCCCGUAACCCAAUCGGUGUGGGGCAAUGAGAAGAAAAAGACGUUCAGCGAAAUAGUACAAGACACUGCAUGGUACGUGGAAGAUUCUGAUGGUGAAGAUGUAAUGGAGGCAAUAAGGGAGGACGACGAGGACUAUUCAGUCCCGAUGAACGACGAUCCAAAGUGUCCUACAAUCCCUUUCACUGUAGCUGAGGUUAGAAAAUAUAGGAGGGAGUGGCGUUCUGCUCUAAUGGUGAAGGUCCUGGGAAGGACAUACCCUUACCCUGUAGUAGCGAAGCGUCUGCAAGCACUCUGGGCAAGAACUGGACCUAUUCAGAUUACCAACAGAACACAUGUAUUAGCUGUAGGCAAACCUAGGCUCAAGAUAAGUUUCGACUGCAGCUGGAGCCAAGAAUCAGAAAGCAAACCCCCAACACUAAUCCUCCGCCACCGCCAGCAGCCGUCGUCUUGUUUAACUUCCAAUAUGGCUCGAGGACUGAAGAAGCAUUUGAAGAGGCUCAAUGCCCCGAAGCAUUGGAUGCUCGACAAGCUUGGCGGCGCUUUCGCUCCGAAGCCGUCGUCUGGACCUCACAAGUCGAGGGAGUGCCUGCCGCUGGUUCUGAUUCUCCGAAAUCGUCUGAAGUAUGCACUUACUUACCGUGAGGUGAUCGCUAUUCUGAUGCAGCGACAUGUAAUGGUGGAUCACAAAGUCAGGACUGAUAAGAAAUUCCCUGCUGGUUUCAUGGAUGUUGUUUCGAUCCCAAAGACCAAUGAGAAUUUCCGAUUGCUUUAUGACACAAAGGGUCGCUUUCGUCUGCACUCCAUCCGGGAUGAAGAGUCGAAGUUUAAGCUUUGCAAGGUGAGAACUAUUCAAUUCGGCCAGAAAGGAAUCCCGUAUCUGAACACUUUUGACGGGCGAACGAUCCGCUACCCGGAUCCACUCAUCAAGCCUAAUGACACCAUCAAGCUUGAUCUGGAGAGCAGCAAGAUUGCGGAUUUCAUCAAAUUCGAUGUUGGUAAUGUUGUGAUGGUCACUGGUGGAAGGAAUAGAGGGCGUGUGGGCGUCAUCAAGAACCGUGAAAAACAUAAAGGUAGUUUUGAAACCGUCCAUAUACAGGACUCCAUGGGACAUGAGUUCGCUACUCGCUUGGGGAAUGUGUUUACGAUCGGUAAGGGAACCAAGCCCUGGGUGUCCCUUCCCAAGGGUAAAGGAAUCAAGCUGUCAAUCAUCGAGGAAGCCAGGAAGAGGACUGCUGCAGCCCAAUCCGCUGCCUAAGGGGCUUCGAAGUUUAGGAUAGACGUUUAGCUGUAGCCUCUCUUCCUCCAUCUUUUUGUGUUGCGAGCGAACUUUUGCUGUGGAUUAAAGCCUCAUUUGAGAAUGUCGAGACUUUAUAUUUUCGUCAUAUGCUACUGGAGUAUUCAUUUCUGUCAUGUUUCAUUAAUGUAACAGCUUAGUUUGGCCCUGUUGUAGCUUUUGCAGAAGCAGUUCUUGGCUGGAGCUUUUAAAUAAGUACUUAAAAAUAAACAGUUGAGUGUUUGACUGUAAAACUAUUAGAAGUGUUUUUUAAUAUAAGAGGUUGCGUAAA